AUGUCGCCCGCCGAGUCCGAGACCAGCUGCUUCUUCCUCCCGGACCACCACGGGGAGGAGCAGCAGCAGCCCUUCACCGAGCAGGAGCAGCUCUGCUACGUCCACUGCAACUUCUGCGACACCAUCCUCGUGGUCGGCGUGCCCUGCAGCAGCCUCUACACCACCGUCGCCGUGCGAUGCGGCCACUGCGCCAACCUGCUCUCCGUCAACCUCCGGAACCUCCUGCUCCCGCCGGCCCCCAACCAGCUCCCCUUCGGCCAGCCGCCGCUCCUCUCCCCGACCUCGCCGGCAUCGCCGCACAGCCUCCUCGACGAGAUGUCGUCGUUCCAAGCGCCGUCCAACCUGCUCACCGACCAGCCCAGCCCCAACGUCAGCAGCAUCACCAGCAGCAGCAACAACUGCGCCGUCAACACGCCGGCCAUGUCCUCCAUGAUGCCGCCGCCCAAGAAGGCCGCGCAGAGGGAGCCGCAGCAGCAGCGGAGGAGCGCCUCAUCAGCGGCGGCCAAGAAUCCAGAGAAGCGUCAGAGAGUUCCAUCCGCAUACAACAGAUUCAUCAAAGACGAGAUACAGCGUAUCAAGGCCAACAAUCCAGACAUCACCCACAGGGAGGCUUUCAGCGCAGCUGCCAAGAAUUGGGCUCAUUUCCCGCACAUCCACUUCGGUCUGAUGCCCGACCAGGGCCUGAGGAAGACCGGCAUCCAAAUCCAGGACGGACCUGCCGGGGACUGCAUGUUCUUCAAGGACGGUCUCUACGCAGCGGCCGCCGCCGCAGCGGCAUCUAGCAUGGGCGUCACUCCCUUUUAA